AUGUCACACUACAUUGGCAAAACCCGCCUAGCCUACUCCCGCUCCUGGCACCUCCUCAAUGCCUCCUCUGACCCACGCCCCCUCGGCCGCCUCGCCAGCGCGAUAGCCGUGACCCUCAUGGGCAAGCACAAACCCACCUACGACCCCUCAACCGACUGCGGCGACUACGUGGUCUGCGUAAACUGCGCGAACAUUCACACGACGGGCAAGAAAUUCUCUCAGAAGAAGUACUAUUCGCAUACGACGCGGCCGGGGAGUCUGAAGGAGAUGACGAUGGAGAAGAUGUGGGCGAAGUGGGGAGGAGGAGAGGUUUUGAGACGGGCGGUUAGGGGUAUGCUGCCGAAGAAUCGGUUGAGGGAUGUGAGAAUGGGGAGACUGAGGUUAUUCGAGGGCGCGAAUCAUCCUUAUAAGCAGAAUCUGCUACAGAUGGGAGGUCAGGGUGAGAGGAAGAGCAUGUCACAAAUACCGGAGGUAAGAGCAGCGAUACAGGCUGAGUCACAACCUAAAGCACCGGAAGCUACACCAUCACAAUAG